CAAACACAAGCUUUGAGACGCUGCAGACAUGAAUGUGACAACUGCACUGCUGUUUUUUCUCUCAGGUCUUUUUGGGGGUUACUCUCUUCUUCCUAAGCAGUACUAUUAUGUAUAUGAUCUAAUGAGCUGGUCACAGGCUCAGAGCUACUGCAAAGAGAAAUACACAGAUUUGGUUUUUGUCUACAGUGAAGAGGAUAUAGACAAACUGAAAGCUUCUCGUCCUCUUUUAUCUUUUGGUUAUGCAUGGAUAGGGGGGUAUGAUAUGAAGUCUGACAAUUCGGACUCACAAAACAUUACGGAAAGUGACAAUACGACGACUCUGAGCACGAGCACGAGCACGAGCUGUCUGGCAUUAGAUGUUUUGACCUGGAAACGUGUCAAAAGGGAUUGCAAAAUGAUAUUUUCGUUUUACUGCAGCAGAAGUGAAGGCAAAAGGGUGGUCUUGCGAUUGCAGGUGAAGCCUGAUGGACAAGUGGACAUCAAGGAUCCUGUAAUUAGGGCGAACAUGUUAGCUAAGAUCAACAAAGAAUUUAACAAACUUGGAUUUGGCAAUGCUGUCAAAGUACAGUGGCUCACAAGGCGGGAAAGACCUGUCAAAAAAAGUGAAAAUAACACUUGCACUUUGGAUACUCUGUAGUUUGUAUGUUUUUGUUGUUUUUCCUAUUUUGAAUGAAUUUGUAACUGCAACAGUUUCUUAUAAUGCCGAGUUAUUACAUACGCUGCAAACUUA